AAAGCGUGGGGGUGGGAGGGACUACAGACAGCCAAACUCAGGAUGAAAGAGCAAUACUGACACGAGUACACACACAAAAAGAGGAACAAGAGAAUAAAGUUUGGUGGAAAUGGAGAGGUAAGGGGCAGGCACUAAAGGCUGUACACUGAGAGAUUAGCAAGUGGGCCAUGAAUGACAAUGAGAGAGAGAGAGAAAGAGAGAGACAGGGCAAGAGUGAGGACUGUGUGUGAAGCUAUCGUUACUCCCUGGAAUCUGGUUUAACUCCCAGUUUUUUUUACUUUGCCUACACAAGAGGGACAGAUCCCCGGGGAAACACAAAGUCCACUGAACAAAAAGAGAAACUGUGUAUUUGUGUUAGGCGGUCUUUAAAAACAUGACCAAAACAUCUACACCUACUCAAAAAGAUGGAAGAGUUGGCGCAAAUAGACACAGAGUUUCUCAGAUUGGAACCGAGUCAAAUUCCAGUGGGGAAUUACGGGACAGGGACAACAAGAAAGUGGGACUGGGGAAAAAGAUAACCCUGCUUCGAGGGAUCUCCAUCAUCACUGGGACCAUCAUUGGAGCUGGGAUAUUCAUCUCUCCAAAGGGCAUCCUGAAGAACUCAGGCAGCAUAGGAAUGUCCCUGAUAGUGUGGCUCGCCUGCGGUGUUCUGUCACUCUUUGGAGCCCUGUCCUAUGCUGAGCUGGGGACUUGUAUUAAGAAGUCUGGUGGACAUUACAUAUAUGUAAUGGAAGCCUUUGGACCUCAGAUGGCUUUCAUAAGGCUGUGGGUUGAGUUCAUUGCUAUAAGGCCUGCAGCAACAGCAGUCAUCUCACUGGCCUUUGGUCAAUACAUCCUGGAGCCUCUGUUCAUGCCCUGUUACAUCCCCCCGAUGGCUGUCAAACUGGCCACUGCCAUCGGCAUAACUUCUGUCAUGUACCUGAACAGUAUGAGUGUUACGUGGACAGCCAGGAUUCAGAUCUUCCUCACAUUUAGCAAGCUGCUGGCCAUUGCCAUCAUCACAGUGCCUGGGAUGUACCAGCUCUUUAAAGGAGAGACCAGGAACUUUGAGAAUGCCUUUGAUCUGCACAAUAUGACGUUUUCUGGCAUGCCACUGGCCUUCUACUCUGGGAUGUAUGCAUAUGCUGGGUGGUUCUAUCUGAACUUUGUGACAGAAGAGGUAGAAAACCCUGAGAGGACCAUGCCAUUAGCUAUCUGUAUCUCCAUGGCGAUUGUGGCCUCCUGCUAUAUGCUGAUCAAUGUGGCAUACUACACAGUGAUGUCAGCAGAGGAACUCCUGGCCUCAGAAGCUGUUGCUGUGACUUUUGCAGCAAAGUUGAUGGGGAACUUCUCAAUAGCUGUCCCAUUAUUUGUGGCCUUGUCCUGCUUUGGCUCCAUGAAUGGCAGCUCGUUUGCCUUGUCAAGAAUGUUCUAUGUCGCAUCGCGUGAAGGACAGCUCCCUGAGGUUUUCUCUAUGAUCCACAUCCGCAGACACACUCCACUAGCUGCUGUUCUGAUACUGUACCCUAUGACAAUGCUCCAGCUGUUUGUGGGAGAUAUCUACAGCCUGUUGAACUUCAUGAGCUUCCUUCGGUGGUUCUUCAUUGGUGUGGUGGUGCUGGGUUUAAUUUACCUUCGAUAUACAAAGCCUGACCUUCACCGCCCUUUUAAGGUCCCACUCUUCAUCCCUGUGGUGUUCUGCAUCACCUGUUUCUUCAUGGUGUUUCUGUCUCUGUACUCGGACCCAGUGAACACAGGGAUUGGAUUUGGCAUUUCGCUCACUGGCAUCCCAGCAUACUACAUCUUCCUACACUUUAAUCAGAGACCAAAGUGGCUUCAGAGGGCUUUAGAUUCCUUCUACAGAACCUUACAGAUCAUCCUGGAGGUUGUCCCUAAUGAGGAAUAACAGCACACAAGCUAUGUAUCCUCUUUGAUCCUUUCAUAUCAUAAAUAUAGUAUACAGAGUUGAACUCUAACUCAGAACAUAAAACUGAUGUUGCACCGUACAUUCCAAGAGACUCAUUUAAUAGAAUGGCUGAAAAUUAAUUAGGUCUCUAUUGAAUAUGCAUUUGAUUACAGGAUAAUGAUUUAGUCUGAAUAAAGUAAAAAUCUUUUUGAACUUACAUUUGUGCGACAGUAUAAGGCCACCUGAUCACCAUUUUCUGCUGAAUAACCAAUGCUGUGUGUACAUGCACAGCACGUGAUACAAGCACUGUCUGCAGUAAUGUGGUUUCAUUAUAUAGUGUCCCACUGAGUCUAGAAAGGUUUGUCCAAUGUUGUUACUGUUUCUAUGAAAUAUAAGGAACCACAGAUUCAAAUGUGUUACUUAUGUUCUGCAGCUUAGUUCAUCAUUUUGUGGGUGAAGACCUAUGAAACAACCAUGUCUUACAAUUUAAAGAAUAUCUGUUGUGAUCCAUAAUAGAGUAAAGGUAAAAAUAAAUGUUUUUAACUUUGUGUGUUUCACCAAUAGAAAAGUACUCCAGCUUUGUUAUUUUUAACUUCCUCUCUACACAAGAAGUGGGAAUCUAUCACAUUUGCUGCAUUUCCACUAUCGGAACCUAAUGAGCAGUAUACCCACUACUUCCCUUAACCAUCACCAAGCAUAGCU